AUGAGUGCAAAUAUUUAUGUUAAAUGGAGUAAUAUUCAGUUUCUGUGGUUACACUCACCGUACCGGCGCCGCAACGUUGUGGUGCGCGCGCCGCUCGCGUCUCUGUUUCCCCGUCCAAUACGCAAGUCAAAUAGACUUCCACGGCUAAAGGGCAGUUCAAGAUCACAUUCGCUGCUUCUUUCACCUUACGCGGUGUUCUCUAUAAGAUUCUUACAUCAUACAAUAGUUAACAUGGUUUGGUCAACUGUCUACGAUGGCAAAACUGAGUCCGGUUCACCUGACAAACCAGCAAUGCAGCUGGCAGCGGCCAAUGUGGGCUCUCACCUGCAACAUAUGUGCGCUUUAGAUAUCGACUCCCCCGCGUCAUAUGUACGACUUUCAGGCAUUAUUUGUACUAUUGGACCCGCCUCCCGAGAUAUAACCAUGCUAGAGAAGAUGAUGGAGACAGGCAUGAAUGUGGCUCGCAUGAACUUCUCCCACGGCUCCCACGAGUACCAUGCUGAAACUAUCGCGAACUGUCGGCAAGCGGAGAAGAAUUACAGCGCCAAACUUGGCAUGCCAUUCUCACUUGCCAUCGCUCUGGACACCAAAGGUCCUGAGAUCAGAACCGGUCUAUUGGAAGGCGGCGGUUCUGCAGAAGUGGAAUUAAAGAAAGGCGACACAAUCAAGCUGACUACGGACCCCAUGUUCCAAGAGAAGGGCUCCGCAUCCACCGUGUUUGUGGACUAUAAGAACAUCACCAACGUCGUAAAACCCGGCAACAGGAUCUUCAUUGAUGAUGGCCUUAUUUCAGUCAUCUGUCAGUCUGUCAAUUCGGACGCUCUCGUCUGCAGCAUUGAGAAUGGAGGUAUGCUGGGCUCCAGGAAGGGUGUGAACUUGCCCGGCCUGCCUGUAGACCUGCCAGCUGUCUCCGAAAAGGAUAAGUCCGAUUUGAUCUUCGGCGUCGAACAGGGCGUGGACAUGAUCUUCGCGUCGUUCAUACGUAACGGUGCUGCGUUGCAAGAGAUCCGCAGCAUCCUCGGCGAGAAGGGCAAACACAUCAAGAUCAUCUCAAAGAUAGAAAACCACCAGGGAAUGACGAACCUGGACGAGAUUAUAGCGGAAUCUGACGGUAUCAUGGUGGCUCGUGGAGAUCUCGGUAUUGAGAUUCCACCGGAAAAAGUAUUCCUCGCACAGAAGACAAUGAUUGCGCGAUGCAACAGGGUGGGCAAACCCGUGAUCUGCGCUACUCAAAUGUUGGAGUCUAUGGUAAAGAAACCUCGUCCCACACGAGCUGAGACUUCCGACGUUGCCAACGCGAUAUUGGACGGUGCUGAUUGCGUGAUGCUGUCAGGAGAGACGGCCAAAGGAGAUUAUCCUCUCGAAUGCGUUCUAACUAUGGCCAAUAUCUGUAAGGAAGCCGAAGCUGCUAUAUGGCAUAAGCAGCUGUUUAUCGAUCUCAGUGGAGAGGUGUCAGCGCCGAUCGAGCAGGCUCACACGGUGGCGAUCGCCGCUGUGGAGGCGUCCACCAUCUGCCUGGCGUCCGCCAUCGUGGUGGUGACCACCAGCGGGCGGUCGGCGCACCUCGUCAGCAAGUACCGCCCGCGCUGCCCCAUCAUCGCCGUCACCAGGCAGCCGCAGACCGCGCGCCAGGCGCACCUCUACCGCGGCGUGCUGCCCAUCGUGUACCAGGGUACAUAUACUGUACACCUGUACUGUGUACUGUACACAUGUAUACUGUCCUGAAUACUGUACACCUGUAUACUGUUCUCUAUACUGUACACCGUUAUACUGUAUACUGUACUCCUGUACACUGCACUGUAUACUGUACACCGUUGUGCUGUAAACUGUACUGUAUACUGUACACCUGUAUAAUAUACAUCUGUAUACUGUACACCUAUAUUCUAUACAUCUGUAUAUUGUAUAAUUUACACCUUUAUACUAUUCGUUUGUAA